AUGGCCUUUUCUGGGACACACCGACCUCCAAAAUUAAAGACUUCGUACAAAAUCCAGCGCGCCCUAACUCCCCUACACACCGGUGGCCCAAUCGCCCUCACCCCCUCAGGAGGACAUAUCAUCACCCUCCUCGGUCCCGAAGCGCGGCUCACAUCCGUCCACACCGGGUCAGUAGGAUGUACCUUCCAAGGCGACUCUAGCGGGAUCACAGCGCUCUGUCUUUCGCCCUCCGGGAGGCACCUGUGUGUAUUUUAUCAAAGCUUGGCUUUGAGGAUUUAUGAACUGCCGCCGCUUGCCCUUCCUCUGGCGCAGGGGUCGGGAUCGGGAUCUUCCCCUCCCCCCGUACCGCCCCUGCGGCAGAUAGCGAGAUCACACGACGCGCCCGUGCAUACGUGUACUGUAGAUCGGACAAGCACGCUCCUCGCUUCUGGCUCAGCGGACGGAGUCGUCAAAGUCUGGGACAUUCUCCAGGGGUACGUGACGCACGUCUUUCGCGGACAUGGGGGUGUCGUUUCGGCGCUGAGAUUUAACAUGCCUUUUGUGGAUGCUAUGGGUGCGAAGCGUGGGGAUGGGGAUGGAUAUGGGGCGGGGAGGGUGAGGCAGUUGGUCACCGGGAGUGUGGAUUCCCGAGUUCGGGUUUGGGAGCUUGAUCCUUCCCCGGAUGAGGGUGAAGGGGGCGCGGGGAAGAAGCACCAGCUGCUGGAAGGACAUGUGAGUGCUGUUAGAGGGCUUGAUGUCAGUGCGGACGGGAAAUGGCUCGUCAGCGGGGGGAGGGACGGUGUGCUCCUCAUCUGGGACAUCUCUGGUACUCAAACUUCUCAAAAGAAAGGGAAGGGGAAGGGGAAGAAGGCAGAGCUAGCAAAGACUAUCCCUCUCGGAGGGUCGUGCGAGGCCGCGGGAAUCGUCCGAAGUGAGGAGGAUGUCAGGGGUGCUGGGAGGGGGAAGGACGUUGGGGGAAGGCUGAGGUUGUGGGCUGCUGUUGCUGGUGGAGGACUGAGCGUGUGGGACGCGAGUGAGGGGAAGAAGCUGCUCGUGCUUGGAUCUGUCGCUGCUGGGGAAGAGAGGGAGAUCGUUGAUGCUCUGUACUUACCCGCCAUAGGCAGCUUGGUCAGCGUACAUGCUGACCAGAAUAUCUUGUUCCAUUCUAUUGCUACUGGACUGCCGACACAGCAGUUGGUAGGGUACAACGACUCGAUCGUCGAUGCUGUUUUCCUCUCCCCUCUCGCACCCAGCACCGGCAUGCCCGAGCCUGCCGACCCGACAACAGAAGAUACCCACCUGGCGAUAGCGACAAACUCGUCCUUGAUCAGGGUGUACAAUACGGCAACGAACGACGCCCGCCUCCUCCCGGGGCACGGGGAUAUGGUACUUUCCCUUGCUGGUUCUAGCGGGGGGAAGAUCCUAGCCUCAGGGGGGAAAGACCGCUCCGCCCGGCUCUGGGCACUCUGUCCGCCACCGGCCGAGUCCCAGGAAACACAAGGCGCGGAAUGGCGCUGUGUCGGGAUAUGCGACGGGCACGCCGAGUCCGUCGGGGCUGUCGUCCUCUCCCGCCUCCCGCCUUCCCAGGACCUAGGAUUCCUCAUCACCGGCUCCCAAGACCGGACGAUCAAACUCUGGGACCUGUCCGCCCUCCUUCCCCAGGCUGACGGUACCUGGCCCUCCGAGCCCUCCAGGCCCAAAAGUCUCACCACCCUCAAAGCUCAUGAAAAGGAUAUAAACGCGCUCGAUAUCGCGCCUAACGACAAGCUCCUCGCCUCUGCCAGCCAGGACAAGACGGUCAAAGUGUACGAAAUCGACUACACGGCCAAGGUAAGGAACGGCCAGCACGCGGAGGGCGACCUGAAGCUGUUGGGCACGUGUAGGGGGCAUAAGAGGGGAGUGUGGACGGUCAGGUUUGGCAGGAACGAUCGGGUGCUCGCUAGUGGGAGCGGGGAUAAGACGAUCCGGCUCUGGAGUUUGCAGGAUUUCAGCUGCUUGAAGACGUUUGAGGGACAUACGAAUUCUGUCCUCAGGGUGGACUUCUUGAGCGCUGGUAUGCAGCUCGUGAGCGCGGCGAGUGACGGGCUUGUCAAGCUGUGGAAUGUGAAGGAGGAAGAAUGUGUCACGAGCCUGGACAACCACGAUGACCGGAUAUGGGCACUCGCGGUGUCGAAAGACGAGUCUACGAUCGUCUCUGCCGGAGCGGACAGUGUGAUCACCUUCUGGCAUGACAGCACGGAGGAAGAAGCCAUCGCAGCCGAAGAGUCGCGCAUAGCCGAAGUAGCGCACGAGCAGGAUUUCCUCAACUACGUCUCGCUCAAGGACUACAGAAGCGCUAUCCUUCUCGCUUUGUCGAUGAACCAGCCCAAGCGGCUCUUGAACCUGGUUACGACGAUCAACGCUGCCCGUGCUCCUGGGAAGAAGAGCAUCACCGGCAGCCCAGAGGUUGACCAGGUGAUCAAAACCUUGGGCCAGGCGGAUCUUGUCUCCCUGCUCAAGCAUGUGCGGAAUUGGAACGCCACGGCUCGGACGAGCCCGAUUGCUCAGCUCAUACUGCACGCUGUGUUCAAACUUCACACAGCGGAGGAUAUCACCAACGCUUUCUCUUCCCAGAAGAAUGACAAGCCGGAGAUGAACAUAGACGGUGAGGAGGACGUGCAGAAGCGAAAAACAGACGUGUCACUCAAAGAACUCAUCGAUGGGCUCUUACCAUACACGGAACGACAUUAUGCGAGAGCGGAGCGGCUUGUGCAGGACAGUUAUGUAGUAGACCACGUGUUGGGGCAGAUGCACGACUGGCUACUUGACGAUGGGGAUGUCGCGAUGGCAUAG